UCCGAAUAGAACUGCCCUUCUUAGGAAUACACUCAGAUGUAAACUACUUGGUGAUUAUCAAUACCGAUCUAGUAUCUUCCCGUGCAACCCUCGUUUCCUCACCUUCAUUCUCCACCGGCGCCGAGGGCGUCGACGACUUCCACCCCUUGUCGUCGACUCCAAGUUCGAACCUAUGGGCUUUUAGCUUCUGUUUCUCUGGCGAUGGUGCUUGCUCCCGGAGCCAAAUCCAGUGAGAACCACAACCAAGUCAUGGCUUCAGCCAACUCUAAACCGCUGCCAACCUUGUCGUUGUCGUGCCAGAAAUUGGAGAGGAACAGCCCUAAGGAUGCUAGUCAUGGUGACUCUCAGUCGAAGAAUAGGAAUAAUUUGGGAACUAAUACUCUCGAAAAUGGAAUGUGUUACGGUAAGGGCGAGGUGUCGACCAAGUUGAAGCUAACGAUCCGUCAUGGUGAAAAGAAAUUGACGGCGGCGUCGGAAAAAGGAAUGGGAAGAGAAGGACAAGAUGGAGAAGAAUUAGGGCAGAGGACAUGGAAUCUGAGGUCAAGAACCAAUGCGGUGGGGGGACGAUCAGGAAUAUCAAAUCCUAAGAGUAACAUUCCAGAAAAUGCAAAGAAAAAUGAGAAACCGAAGAAGUUCUCGAUCACACUUUCUCGGGAGGAGAUUGAAGAGGACUUCCUUAAGAUGACUGGUUCCAAACCCCCUCGAAAGCCAAACAAGAGACCAAAGAAUGUGCAGAAGGUUUUAGAUAAUCUAACUCCUGGAUUGUGGUUGCAUGAGGUUAAUCCCAGUUCGUAUAACUGCAAAGGCAAAGGCAAAGGUUCAAAGUUUCCCAGUUGAAGGCACUGCAGUUGAAAGUUCAAAAUAUGAUGUACUUAAUUAAGGAUUUUAAUUUUUGGGAUGGAUUAAUUUAAGUAAUCGGAGGUUAUUACACAUAUGAUGUUGUUAUCUACGCAUCAGAAUUAUGGAGAAUUAUCAUAAGUGUUGCUCUUUUAUUCAAGAGCUCACCCUGCAUGUAGCAUAUGGUCAAAGGUCCAAGGUCCAAGGACAUGCAUUUCUUCAUGCACUCCAGACCACUCAGAUACGCAGAUAAAGCAUAUAUGUCAUGUAGAUUUUGUCACUAUCAGUACUUGUGAUCCAAGUUGAUUCUCUAUUGCAUUCUUUAUAUAUUGGUAGAUUCAAAUUUUAAUCA